CUCAGAUCACAUCACUGACGAAACGCGAAACAGAAAAGCAGAAAGCAGAUCCAGAUUUAAUAACAAUUAAAUAUUAAAUCUAUUAUUUAAUACUAAUAAUCCGUGUUUGUUGUGCAAAGUGCAAAGGGUACAUUUCGCCCGCAAUAGAGAGCUUGUGCGCGAAGGCCUUCUGUUUUUGUUGACGUCGCCGUCGUCAUCAUCGUCUUGUGACUGUGUCUAUUUUUCGGAGGAAAGAAAGAAAAGAAAGUCGUAAAAUAUAGAAAACUAGAAAACUUGGGGAGGAGGAGUCGCACACACACACACUCGCACACAAAGAGACACAGACACACGGAGCCCCCCACUCACACCAACACACGGGCGGACUGCAGCAGCAACAAAAAGUAAAACAACAAUAAAGACAGCAACAUUGCAGCUUGCUUUGGAGCACUUAAACAGCAAUAAACAAAAACAAAAAACGAAAAAAUACAAUAAGAGAAAAAGAAUCUCAAGCUUUUGCAAGCAAAAGUCUCUUGUAUAGAAAAUAAAAAGCAAAGUCAAACGCAAAAACAAACGAAAAUGAGAAAGCAAAAGGACGAUAUGCAGGUCAAUGUCGCGGGUCUACGCCGGAAUAUCAAGAACCUUGCGCACAACUACUCCGAUGCUCAGGUCAAAGUGCGCGAGGCCACCUCCAACGACCCUUGGGGUCCGUCGGCCGCCAUUAUGGGCGAGAUAGCGGAUCUCACCUACAACGUGGUGGCCUUCUCCGAGAUCAUGCAGAUGAUCUGGAAGCGUCUCAACGACCACGGCAAGAACUGGCGCCACGUCUAUAAGGCACUCAUCCUGCUCGAGUAUCUGAUCAAGACCGGUACGGAAAAGGUGGCCCAGCAGUGCAAGGAGAACAUCUUUGCCAUUCAGACGCUGCGCGAGUUUGUUUACUUCGAGGAGGGCAAGGACCAGGGUACCCAUGUCCGGGAGAAGGCCAAGCAGCUGGUCAACUUGCUCAAGGAUGACGAACGGCUCAAGAACGAGCGAGUCAAGGCGCUGAAGGCCAAGGAGCGAUUCGCCCAGCAUCCGAGCGGUUUCGGCAGUGAUGGCUACAUAGACGGACCUUCGCAGCGGGAUCUGCCCCCAGGUUGGCAGGAGGAGCCGCCCAAGUCUGUCUCUGAGCUGGAGAUGGUUCGCCCGCAGACGGCCGGUGAGGAGGAGCUGCAGCUUCAGCUGGCCAUGGCCAUGUCGCGCGAGGAAGCCGAGCAGGAGGAGGCCAAGCGACGCAGCGACGAUGUGCGUCUCCAGCUGGCCCUUAGCCAGAGCGAGCAGGACUUUAACGUGAGGGAUCACAAUGGACGGCCGAUUGCCGCGCCCAAGAAGGAGGAGCCCCAGAGCCAUUUGCUGGAUUUGCUGGACAUCUCUUUGGGCGCCACCAGCAUCUCGAGUCCACCGCUGGGCGCUGCAGGCGGCGCCCCUGCAGCCAUUGUCGAUCCCUGGGCCACACCCGGUCCACGAGCACCCAGUCAGUUGUCGGAUCCCUGGUCGGGAACCUCCUCGCCCCAGGUGGAUCCCUGGCAUCCUAACGCCGCUCCACGUACUAUCAUGGGCGCCGGAGUGCCGAUGAGUUCAGCGCCACCAGGAGGAGCACCUGGCGAUGCUUGGGGAGCACGCAACCAGUCGCCAUCAGUGGCAUCGGGCUCCUCCAACGAGGGCUGGCUGCAGACCAACGGCAAUGCCAAUCAGAAUGGACGCGGAGCCACUCCAGCGGGCGCUCCAGUGGACGCCUGGAUAACGAAAUCAACAGCCGGAGCAGCUUUGGCGGCUGCACCAGUAAAUCAUCAUGCGGCAAACAAUGGCGGCUCUCCAGCGGAUCCCUGGCUGGCGGAGCCAUCCGCUGCGGCUGGUGGAGGCGGAGGAGCUGGUGGAACCGGUUCAGCAGAUCCCUGGGCGGGUGGAGCUGCUCCACAGUCAGGAGCGGGAGCACUGGAUGAUCCCUGGAAAGCACUAGGAACGGGAGCCAUUAAGAAACCAUCCCCGGAGUUUGAUGAGUUCGAUUUGAUUACCAACCGUAACAAGAGCGAGCUGAGCAAUUCCAAUGCCUCCAACAACAACAAUGCUUCUCUGCUCGAUGACAUGGAUCCGCUAUCGUCAAACUACGGAAACGGAAGCAGUAUGCAUCCUUCGACGGGGGCCACUGCUAAGAAGCCGCUGAAGGAUCCGCACUCGUUCCUUGGCGAAAACUCGGCACUGGUUAACCUGGACAAUCUGAUCAAGCCCAUAGCGCCACAGACACAAACGGGAAAUGCGCCUGCCUACAAUCCCUUCAGCGACAACGUGAUGCCGCCCAAGACGAAUCUAUUCCAGCAGCAGCAGCCAGCCGUGCCGUCCAUCAACCAGCUGAAACAGCAGGCUCCCUUCGCCGUCAGCAUGAACCAGGAUCCCUGGGCACCUGUUAUGGGUGGCGUCAGUGCUCCUUCCCAGCCAAAACUUCCGCCCCCCGUGCGUCCCACCAGCCUCAACUUGGGGCCCUCUUCCGCGGGGGAAUUUCAGCUGCUGAGUGCGUUUAGUAAUCCCAUCAUUCCUCCCUCCGCAACCAUCAUCCCCCAGCCACAGCCACAGCCCAGUUCGCAGGUGUACAACUAUCCAUACAACGGCCACAUCACUAGCUCCAGCAGCACCAGCACCAUGUACAGCCAUGUGAGUCCGAGUCCCGGCAUCGAUGGCAUCCGCAACAUGGACAUAUUCAGCGAGAGACCCUAUUUCAAUAGCCCAACGGCGCCAGCUGACGAUGCCUACAAUAUGUAUAACAACAACAACAACAAUUACGGAACUCCGGGUAUAUACUCAAGCUAUGCUGCCAGCUACAGCAGCGCCCUGUCCGAAUCCCUGGCUGAAACUCCGGGUGUUAGUGUGGCCCCCAUUGGGUUUGUGGACGCUCCUGUCUGCAGUUAUGGUCCCUCCUCCUCCGCCCACUGCAAGCUGGAACAAAACAACAACAUGCCGUGGAUCAAGCCGGAAGGAGCUACAAACCCGUUUUUGUCGUAAUUUGAGAGCCGAUCAAUGAACCGCAAUGCGAGCAGGAGCAACAAAGGGAUCGUCAACUAAUCCAAGGUCUGGCCGGAGUGUGGAGCAGCAACCAAUUUUAGCAGAGAGAAAAUAUGAAUUAAUUAAUAAAUUAUGUGUAAGGAAGUAUUAUUAAACUGUAAAAUAUGUGAUGUACGUGAGAGAGAGAGGCAAGAUGAGCGAAGUAGAAGAAAGCUUGCAAUUCAGACAUAACUUGCAAUAACUAAUCCAUGUAACCCAGUCCCCAAAGCGCCACUCAACUGACUCUGAAAUUAACCACCAUACGAUUUACAUUUUAAUUGCCACACUUUAAACCCUUCAAGUUGAGUGGCGGUCUUGGGGACCAUUGAUUCCCGACCCUUAGUUGAGAUCCCCUGCUGUUGUUUGAGUUGUAUCCUUGUUGAGGCGAUUACCAAAAAACGGCAGCGAAAUCCGAAAAAUCGAGUCCAAACGAGAGAUGCGAAAAUGAAAACUAAAAAUUGUUAUAUAGCUUUAAAGAUUGCAUAAUUGGUAAAGAGAAACGUGUUGAAAACAGAUUGAUGUGUGCUUGUAAUUGUAAUUUUUUUUACGUUCUUAUAUUGUGAAAUUUAUUGUGCAUGUGCGUGUGCAAGAAACCAAAACAAAAAAUUAUAACAAUUAAAGGUUUUUGGCUAAAUCGAUUUUUAAACACACAUUUUGAGGAUUUUUUCGAGUUUGCAUUCGCUUUUGGUCCACCUUCAAGACACAAUGCAUACACGAGUUUGCUGUUGACACACUUUUACCUUAGCGACUAGUUUCAAAUUUACAACAAGAACCUUUGAACACAUUAUAUACAAAGAACAAUAUGGCAAGAGCAAAACGAAAACGAAAACAGAGCAAACAAAGUAAUGGUAUACAUUUAGGUUAGAAUACGUAAUGAAUUGUAUAAGCGUAACUUAAUGAUAACAAAAUAUACAUACACGUAA